AUGGGCAAUAUCAUGCACAAGGAUUCUGCAAAGAACAGCGAGACUUGUGACUCUCCUGCCCAUAGGACAUGUCAAGAGCACAAUUCAACAUCUGCAAAGGCUAGACCGGCUAGAAAAAGGAAGGCCAGUCCUGACCAGAGGACCCUCAGAGAGGAACCAUCGAAGAUGAGGAUGGGGAAGAGGAGAAGAUUUGACCUUUUCGACAAUGAGAAGGCGUGUUGCUCGAAGGACAUUGGCAAAGAAAGCUGCAACGCAUCUGUUUUGGAUGUGAAAAAGAGAGGUUCUAAGAGGAAGGCUGACACUGAUGUAGAAGGACCAAGCAGGAAGAAGAUGAGGAAAAUGGACCUCAAUGGGACUAAGAAGGAGACUAGGAAGGAGACUAAGAAGGAGACUAGGAAGGAGACUAGGAAGGAGACUAAGAAGAAUGUGACAAAGACGGCAAAUAAAAAUAAGGCCAAGAAAGAGACCAAGCAGACUCCAGAAGCCCAAAGAGCUAAAUUUAACGCGAAAUACAAGCAGCAGAAGCAACUUGGCGAAGGAGGAUGUGGAUCCUUGUUUGCUGGCUACAGAAAAGCAGAUCAUUUACCUGUUGCCAUCAAACACAUACCGAGGAACAAAAUACUAUACUGCAAACAUGUGGAUGAGGAUGGGAAACUUCUCUCUGUUGAGGUGGCCAUCAUGCUGAAACUUGCUGCUUCAACAAGAGGAUCAGUGGAGUCACCGGCAUCCAUUUCACUCCUGGACUGGUACGAUCUGGGCAAGGAGCUGAUUCUGGUGCUGGAGAGACCACUUCCCUCCAAGGACCUUCUCGAGUACAUUGAUGCCAAGGGAGGUUGCUUAAAAGAUGCAGAGGCCAAGAUCAUAAUGAAACAGCUCAUUAGUGCAGUAGUUCAACUUCAGAAUGAACGUAUCUUUCAUCGGGACAUCAAGGUGGACAACAUCCUCAUCGAAACUCUUACCAUGUCUUAUAUGGUAAGAUGUCAAGCUUCACAAACUUACCUAUUUGAGACUUUUGCAUUUGAACAAAGCUUUUUUCUCUGCCUCACCCUCACCACCCUAAUAUUAUGUCUGUAUAUUCUAGGUGCCUCUGCUCACACCCCUCCGGAGUGGUUCAUUACUAAUACCUACAGGCCCGGCCUCACCACGAUUUGGCAGCUAGGUGUGAUACUGUAUGAAAUGCUCCACCGAGAAUCAUUUGAGACCACAGAAUUCCUUGAUAACAAGAUAAGAAUCAGCGAAAAGCUGCCUAAAGACUGCAGUGACUUAUUGAGGAUGUGUUUGACAGCAGACCCCAAGCAGCGUGUUACCCUGGAGCAGCUACAACUUCACCAAUGGCUCAGAUAAAACCACACACACCAUAUUAUCAUC